AUAUCCGCAAGGGGAGGAAGAGGCUAUUUGGAUUAAUUCCCCCACAUGCAUUCUUGUAUGAAACGAGUCCUGGAUCAUCAAGACCAUAUAGGCUAAAAGAGGAAGCCAUAUAAUUAUAAUCAUUGCUUCCGCGGUGACAUCGGUACGGAUAUACUUAAUGUCGUUCUACCACAAUGUCUCAUCGAAUAAUGAAGCAUUUAAUCGGAGCUAAGGGAGUAUAAUGUUUCAUGUUGCUGCUUUUUGUUUUGAUUUUUAUAUAAUCAGUGCAUGUCUGAUGAUUGAUAAUGAUACAAAGCCAGUAGCAUAGGAGAUCAUGUCCUAUAUAUCGGGGAUAUCGGAUCAUUAAGCAACGGAAAAAGAAAGUUGGACACAACUCUAGAUCUACUGUUCUUAGAGUAUACUCGUAUGACGUCAUAAUGCUUUUAUGAUGGUGUAAUCGCGGAUUACCACUUUGCAGCAGAGACAACGACGUGGUGUAAUGUCAUCAAUAAGUAGUUGUAUUUUAGAAGGAGCAUCUUUGAUAGAGAAGUCGAUCGGAAACCCAUACGAGUAAAGAAUAUAAAUCAGGAUCAUAAAAAGGAUGGAUAAAUCUAAGCAAGCAGUGCAAUACACAGUGGAAGCUAUGCAGUAUCUUGUUGGUGGGAGAACACGUCAUCCUAUCAGCAUGUCUGGACGACAGAGUGUUGUGGAUCGCAUGCAGGCGGCCCGUCAUACGAUAGCGGGUUCAGACCUGAGGAAGUCGGUAUGCAAAGCCACGACUGAGGAGUUGAUGGGUCCCAAGAAAAAACAUUUGGAUUAUCUAUUGCAGUGCACUGCAGCAGAACACAUCAACAUUCCAGAACUAGCCGACCAACUUGUAAAUAGAACUACCUCUGGAAACUGGGUUGUUGUCUUUAAAACGUUAAUAACCACACAUCAGCUCAUGAUCUACGGCAAUGAUCGUUUCAUGUGGAAUCUAGCAACAAGAGCCAGUGUUUUCAGUCUCGAUGACUUCACAGACAAAGGAAAUGUUCAAGGAUAUGAUAUGUCAACAUACAUCAGACGGUAUGCCAAAUACAUCAACUGCAAGGCACUCGCAUUCAGACAAAUGGGAUUCGAUUUUGUUCGGGCUAAAAGAGGGAAAGAAGAAGGAGUAUUAAGAACAAUGUGUGCAGAGAAACUCCUGAAAACCCUUCCUCCUUUGCAAGACCUAAUGGAUGCUUUACUAGAUUUUGAGGCCACAUCCAAUAAUCUAACCAACGGUGUAAUAAAUAGCGCAUUCACACUACUAUUCAAAGAUAGUAUAAGGCUGUUUGCGUGCUACAAUGAUGGAAUCAUCAAUCUCUUAGAGAAGUACUUUGAAAUGAACAAGAAAGACUGUCGUACAGCGCUGGACAUCUAUAAGAAAUUCCUGAUUCGUAUGGAGAGGAUAGGAGAGUUCCUCAAAGUUGCAGAGCAAGUGGGAAUCGACAAGGGAGAAAUUCCAGAUUUAGCGAAGUUUGGUGAUGCCCCAUCUGAAUAUAAAACAGCCCCAAGUAGUCUGUUAGAAGCGCUUGAGCAGCAUCUGGCAUCUCUUGAAAGUAGCAAAAAGUCAAACUGGAACAAAGCCAAUACAGUGCAGACAGUUUUAAAUGCAUUCUCCUCAUCAGCAGCAGCCAUUGAUGAUGAAGAGAAGAAGAAAGCACUCGAGGACGAGAAGGCAAGAUUAGCAGCACUCAAGAAUUUUAGCCAUACCUUUGAGAGUUAUAGCGAGACCUCACAGAGUUUGAAUGAAGUGGCAACAACCAUCCUCUUUGAUUUUAAUGAUCAGGAGCAGAGAUUGAAGGAGUCUCACCAGCCAGAGCCAAUCACUUUCACCCAGGAGCCUGUAGUCCAGAACACCCCACCGCCAGCAGCAGCAGUACCGGCUCCAGUACCGGCUCCUGCACCAGCUCCUGCUUCAAAUCCCUUCAUCACCGCUCCAGCAGCACCUCAACCUGUUACAGCAUCAACAACGUCCAACCAGGAUCUCUUCGCUGCUCCUGCAGUAAACAACAACAACCAGCCAGGGAUGAAGCCAUCACAGGAUCUGAUAGGUCUUCAAUCCAAUCCAAUGUCGGCCAUUCUCCAAGCACAGAUGGCUACUCAGGUCAUGUCGUCCAACCAACCUCAGGCAUGGGGAUCACCAAAUGACAUGUCAGGGUCUCUUGACCCAAACAACCCUUUCACCUCAAGUGAACCUGCACCCCAAGCUAAUGUUGACCAGUCCCCAUUCCUAGCUGAUUUUGAUGGUCAAGCUUCCGUACUGGAGCCCUCUGGUCACGCUCGUGAGCCUGUUGAAGGUGCUGCCAGCAACAAAUUUGAUCCCUUCGCUGGCAUUGAAGAUGAUUACAUGAAAACAAAGAAGAGUGUUGAGCACCCUCAAGACCAAGGGGAUCUAAUGGCCCCAAUGGCUCCUCAGCCAAUCCCCAUGAAUCAGUUGGAUCCUUUGUCUCCCAGUGUUGCUUCUGAUGGUUCCCUCCUGACUACCCAAGCUCCCUCUCAACCCAAGCAGGUUCCCAACUAUACCCCAUCCUUUGAUACAGUAAGCCAAGGCUUCCCUCCGGCUAGUGACCCAGUUGCUCCUAAAUCACCUGCCCGCAGCCCCAUUACCCCUAAUUAUUCCCCCAUGUUAGACCCUGUCAGCCCCAACGUACCAACAGCCAUUGACCAACCAUCUCCCAGGUCUCCGUUCGGUAGCCCUCCAGCCCCAAAUUAUUCAGUGUCAUUUGACCCAAUGGGCCAUAGCCUUUCCCCGGCUAAGACUCCCAGAUCACCCGCUAUGAACCCCAAGUUCUCUCCCACCCAUCGCCCCACCCCUUUCCCCUCUCCAAACCCAUCCCCUCAGGUUCCCUUGCAGAGCGCCCUCGCUUCGUCACCCCUCGUGACUAAUCCAUCAUCAGACUUUACCCCCAUCACCACAAAUGCUUCAGAUGAUAUCCAUGGAGGUUCCCACACCUGGGAUGUUGACAAGCCCUCAGAGAUCGAGUCCAUCUUUGGAGCUCGACCUUUGACUCCGUCCACUGCCGCUGCAGACCAGGGAAUCCUUGGACAAGGCUUUGAAAGUUUUGCAAAUAAUAAUGACAUAGGGGCAAACUUUGACAAGGCGUUUGGCAACACUAUUACACAGCCUGCAGUCCAAACCUCUGCACCCAUCAUGGGUGACGUCCUCCAGCCCAUGAAUAAACAACCUCUACCGCCCUCACAGGCAGAGGUCAUGGCUACCAAUGGAGGUAACAACCUAGACUCGACGCUCGUCAAAUUAGCAACGAAUUUGGAUAUCAAAGGCUCUGCAUCUCCCAAAAAAACUGCUGGAGCUGGGAGUGGAAGUGGUGUACUUGAUUUUGAUCUUCAUGGAAUGGGCCGUUUGAAGACGGAACACCAGUGGACUAAGAACUCACCAUCACAGAGGACUGGAGGGGCAGGUUGGUCACCUCAGAAGGUUCCGAUGGGGUCAUCAGCUGCCCCUGCAUGGGGUGGAACGGCAGCCCCGAUGGGUGGUGGUUACAUGGAGCUUGAGUCUGCACCAACACCUCCACCACCAAAUACUACCAUGGGUGGUCAGACAGCCGAUUGGAGGGGUCAAGCAUUCUCAGGACAAUUUGGUGCUCAACAGCCAGGAAUGGUCCAACCUGGAAUGGGCAUGGGUGUAAGACCAGUGGGUAUGGCACCGAUGGGCAUGUAUGGUCAACCUGUAGGAGGUAUGGCUCAACCUAUGUACAACCAACCAACGAGACCACCAGCACAAGCACCAGCAGAUCCAUUUGGAAAUCUCUGAAAGCGGUCAACACGAUAUGACCAUCUAGUUUCAUAGGUGUCAUCUCCACAGAGAUAUAUGGAUAUAUGAAUAUAUAUAUAAAUAGAUAAAUAUAUAAAUAUAUAUAUAUUAUGAUAUGAGUGGACAUUUUCAAAGUGGAGAAAAGAAGAUGUUUGUGACCAAUUAUUUAGAAACCAGCGACAAGAAUCAUGAAAGUGAUUUGUUUUUUUGACGGCAUCCACUCUCCUUGGUCACCUUUUGUGAAUGAGCGAUUCCAGUCACCGGUGUUCUUAUUAUCGCAAGUGAACUCGUAUGUCAGCCAUCGUGCAUUGUAUCCCGUGUUUGAUAAUCUCAACGUAUCAUGCAUGACACUGUGUUUAGUUAUUCAGUUACAUGGAUUGAUUCAAUAGUGCUUGUCUCUGAGGACGUAACCCUUGGCCUCUAUCAGUAUACCCACUUCCGCGCCAUCCGUCUGGAAAACGAGAUCAGGUUGAAAUGAAUAUUUGUGAUGGAUAUGUGAACUACAUACAACAAAGUCAUGCGGAUGUUGACUUUUGAUGAAAUAUGGUAGAAAGCAAAAGGAGCUGAAAUUGGAAGUUUGGAGCAUUCGAAGGAUUAUAUGGAGAGUACAGGUAGUGCAUCCGUCAGGAGAAUUGGACUUAACAAUGAAUAUCAGUUCAUGCUUCUGUGUAUGUUGCAGAUAUAAAGCAUGUCCUGGUUUGUUAAUUGUUGUACAUUGGUAUGAAUGUAUGCCACUGUCCAAGUGUUUUGUAAUCACCCCAUAGACAAACAUUACCACCUUUGAUGGGAUCACAGUAUGAAGUUACAGAAUAGAUUGUAGGUUUUAAAACUGCCACUGGAAAAUAGACCAAGUGAUUGUAUUGCUCCAGUUGCACAAACACAACCGACUCCAGACCGAUCUAAGCUUUCACAUUACUUUCAAUGGCAUUAUCAUCAUUUGCUUUGGGUCAGCUUCAUUCGUGUGACUGGGGUAUAAAGCAAAAUGUGAAUAUUGUUACUUUCCUCUUGUAAGAAAUACUCCAAAGUCCUUGUUUUGAUGCGAGGGGCUAAAACGUGGUUGUUUGAAAUGACAAUGUAUCAGCACACAAUGAGCUAAUUGUGCGUUGUUGUUGCUAUAUCAGUCAAACCUCGGUUGGUAUUAGCAGCAGUUCAAUGAGUCAAAUGUCAUUCAGAUUUGGAGUCCUUUGUUUGAACG